AUGCACCACUCGCUCGACGACAACGCGCACGGGGACGAGGACGCCGACGGGGCGCGCCCAUCCGCGCGCCGCAACGAUACCGGGUUCAAGCGCGCGUCGUCCCUGCGCUCGUUCCGUUCGGCUGCUCCGACGGAGGGCGGGCGCGCGAGCGUGCGCACGACGCCGUCGGUGCUGCGCAGACGCCGUGUGAGUCUGAGCGGGGGCAGCUUCGCGGCUGGGGCGGGCACUGUUGGGCCUGCGGCCAGCCAGGAGAUGGACGAGGAGUUCGAUGCGCGCAGCCGGAGCGCGGAGGCGGGCUUGACGGAGAAGCAGAAGGCGAAGCUCAAUAAGGCACAGAUGAAGGAGGGCAAGAAGGUGGCCAAGGUCAUCAAAGCGGAGGGGAAGGCGGAGAAGAAGGCCCUUGACGAUGCUGUCAAGGAGCUUGCCGACAUCCAGAAGUUGCAGAAGUCUGCCGUCAAGGAGGAAGGAAAGACAUAUGCCUCCUACUCGAAGGUGCUCCGCGAGUUCCGCAAGGUGGAGCUUGAGUACCUUGCUGCACGCGCCAAGUACGAGCGCGCGCAAGCCGAGUUGAACGCAUUCGAGGACGCGCGCGAAGCAUCGAAGCAGCACGCUCAGGAUGCCACUGAGAUGCUGCAGGAGAAGAACAAGGAGGUUGAGUGGCUGAGGGCGCAGAAGGCCGUCGACGACCGCGAGAGAUUGAAUAAGAUCAAGCAGCUCACCGGGAAGGCAUGA